AAAAGUCGGGCUUUCUACAGCAUGAGCUCGCACCGUUCAUCCCGUCGGAACGUACACUUUUAUGAUGCUACCAAACCUGAUGGUGAUGCCCUUGGCGGAUUGAUCCAGAAUGGAUCGGUUACAGAAGCGAAUUUCCUUCGUAUGCUCGACAUACUCCUUAUCAUCCUAGCUCCAAUAAGUGUUCGACAUCGAACUUCAGGCAACACCGUAUCUAUCACCAACAACCCUCUACCAAUUGGAACAUAUGAUAUUUUUUGCGAGAGCAAGCACGUGAUCCUGCCAAUGCAGAGGUAUCAACUAACUCGGUUGCAGGUGCUAUACAAUUGAACAAUGAGGAAUGGAUACAUCGAAUCAACUCGUUCAAUGUGUCUGGUCGGUCGAACGCCUUUCGCGAUGGAAUUCGAGCUCGAGACGGAAGAUGCGUGAUCUCAGGUGUGAUAAAUCUGACUGCUCCAGAUCAGUGGACGAGUUUCGAAGCAGCACAUGUUUUCCCGCUGGAGGCAGAGAAUCUCUGGCUCGAGCGGGGCUUUGGGCGGUGGAUCCCGGACAUGGAUGACACUAUUGGUGUCUCGAAGAUCAACUCGUGCCAAAAUGGGCUUAUGCUUCGUCAACACAUCCACGCCCUAUUUGAUCAGUACCUAAUAUCGGUGAAUCCGGAUGUGGGUUCUCCGCGUUAGUUUACUGUUCUUGUGUAAUGCUGAUUACUUCCGGUAGGACGGUUAUAAGGUUACUGUGUUUAAUCCCGACAUGGACGGUAUGGAUGGCAGAAUUCUAGACCCGGUUUGCCGCAAUCCAGCUGAUGCGCAUCAUGUUUCGGAUGAGCUUUUACGCUGGCAUUUUCGACAGUCUGUACUUGCGAACAUGAGAGGAGCCGGAGAGCCAGUCUUUGAGAGUGACUUCCCCCCGGGGAUGGACAUGAUAGAAGAGAUCCGCCAAGGGCCCUGUGCGAAGGAGAGGCUGGAAUUGGAGGUGGCGGCUCGAUUAAGGGAACUGGCGUAGCACGGUCAGUGGUAAAGGUAGCGAGCUGCCUCGGGGUGUGUUUCGGGAUUGACUCUAAUUUGCCUUGCCUCACCAGAGCGAAGCACAAUUAGAUUGGCGAUACCACGAAGGCUUGUAGCAGGUUUGGGAGAUUGGCGUGGUUGGGCGGUCGAUCCUUGCGGAGGGUUAUUCACUCAAAUGCUUCUGUACAUCCGUAAUAGUAGCAUCCUGAUAUCGACAAUUGUAUCACAGCCAUCACUAGCUACUGUAGAAUAAAUAAAUAUCUC